UCAGAUUUCAUCUUCAAUCGACCCUGACAGCCGCGACAAACAGCAUCCUAAGCUACCCAGCACCUACGCAGAUAGCUACAGAUUCAAUUAGUUGAUCAUUAUUAUACUUUUUGGAAAGUGAGAAGACAAAAAAACAAAGAACAAAAAAAAAUGUCCCUCCCACUCACAGCCAUCGCCUCCCUGCGCGCAACAUAUAACCCGUUCUCGCCCCUCUCGCGAUCAUGCCGGAUCUUCGUCUCGUUGAUUCGCACCCCCUUGACCGUCCCCGCGGCGAGCGAGGUCCACAUCGACGUCCAGGUGACGCAGCUGCCGCGGCAUUCGACGCAGUUGCCAGAGAUGACGAUCGGGUUCAAGGGAGGCAAAGAGCUGAAGCUCGAGGUUGGGAAACGCCAGAUGAAGAUUGGGGAUGUGGUGGAGGAGGUGGCGAGGAUAGGGCGAGUGAUUGAGCGGGAGCAGGCUCUUAAAGGAUAGAUUAGGGGGGGGGGGGGCUUUUCUUACUCUUUUCUAUCGGUUUUUCUUCCAAAGGCAUAUAUGUACAGUAUGUAUAGCGAAUUAUUGAUUUCAAUUACAAUUGAAAUGAUCCCGUUGCUUGAUUGAUGUUUUUUGUCGUA